AAAUAUGCCAUUAUUGAAUCCAGAAUCGCCAACCCGCAGUGAGCUGGCAUGGUGAUCAAUGAGUAGAUCAUCAUCAUCGGUCAGUAGGUAAUCCGGUAGGUAAUUCGUCUUCAUAUGGGAUGAGAUCUUUACCCGUUAGUGGGCAUUUAAAGGCAGAUAUGAUGGCACGGAGUGAUAAAGGUCAUCACGCCAAAUUUACUGUGUGCGUUAUGUCGCGGGUUCGGUCCCCGCGACGCAGUAUUUAGACAGAUUAUGUAUUGAUCAAAGAUUGGUUGAGAAAAAAUGUGCUUAUUUCAGACAAAAAUGCGUUAUACAUUCUGCAGGCAUCGGUAAUGAAUGAAAGUAAGCCGUUCAAUUAGGUUACAUAACUAUCUGACAAGUCGAAACAUUUUGUUUUAUUUAGGUACUGGUUGUGCAAAUCGGAAGAAGCAAGAUUUGCUUUGCAGAUACAUAUUGCUCAAACAAUUUUACCAGGCAAUUUAUAUCCGUCUAUGUCAGGUAGGACAAGGUAAAAUACCUGCUUGGGAGAGUCAUUUUAUAAUCAAAGCAAAGCAUACAGCAUUGAGCACGUGUGACAAUACAAAGACUCUUUUCAGGUAAGCUGGUAGUCCACUAACUGGCACUAUUGGUAUCACCUACCUUCUAGAAAUGCCACUUCUAAAACUCAGUCUGAUUUCAGUAAAUGGAAAAACAUAGAAAAAGAACAAAAAAAACAUGUUGUAAGAAGAAUAGCAAUGGGUGACGUCAUCUCAGUCAUUAGUUAAAUACUGUUAUUGAUUGUCGCAAUCAGAAAUUUUCCCAGACCUCAUUUUAGGUCAUUUUCAAGUUUGGAAGAACCUCUCUUGAAAAUGUGUUUUAAAUGAUUUUAUUAAUUAACUAGGUAAACAACUAGCUAAUGGGAACUGUUUUGAGUGUAUUCUUAUUCAGUAUGAUUUUUAGUAUUGUUUAAGACAGGUGUGUGAUGAUUUAAAGGAAUUUGUGAAAUCAGUGACAACGAAAGGUGCGUGACAACUAAAAAUCCGUGUAAUGGCUUUCGUGUAUAACUAACUAUUAAUAAGUGGAAGAUUAUAAUCCCGUACCGACCAGCGAAUAGACUGAGCCACCUGCUAACUUUGAACUCUGAUUAGAUUAUCUCAAAAGCAUAAAAAUCACGCAAUUGUGUCAAAACAAACAAACAAAUCCUGCAGUACUUAAAAAAUCUGAAUGUUAAGCAAUGAAAAUUCUACGCACAUUCCAGAUGAGAUAUCAGCACUCAGCAGUACUUCUGCCUGUAACAUGGAUGCUAGUUACCUCACUUGUUCCAACGGCUUCACAAUACACCAAUCCUUUUUCCUCUCUCAUGAACUUCCUGCAUGAUGAGUCUGACAUGCUUGACAGGGAACCUCCAGACAUCCCCAACUUAUUGCACGAAUAUGAUUUCAUCAUCGUCGGAGCCGGCACUGCAGGAUGUGUCCUCGGAAACAGACUGACAGAAAUCCCAGAAUGGAAAGUUCUACUUUUAGAAGCUGGAAGUAAUGAAAACUUUUUCAUGGAUAUACCUAUAGUUGCAAACUAUCUCCAAUUUACACCUAUCAACUGGGGAUACAAAACAAAACCGUCCAAUAAGUAUUGUACCGGGUUUGAGAACAAACAGUGUCACUGGCCGCGCGGUAAAGUGGUAGGGGGCUCCAGUGUGCUCAACUAUAUGAUAUACACUCGAGGAUCUAAACCAGACUACGACCGCUGGGAAGCGAUGGGUAACAGUGGUUGGGGAUGGGAUGACGUACUACCAUACUUCAAAAAGAUCGAGAACUAUAACAUUCCUGCGUUCAAGAAUUCAGAUUAUCACGGACACAAUGGCUACGUCAAUAUUGAACAUGCACCUUAUCGCACUUAUAAAGGUAAAGCAUGGGUCAAAGCAGCACAACAAUUAGGUUUUAAGUAUGGGGAUCACAACGGUCCAGAGCCCUCAGGAGUGUCUUUCUUACAGCUUUCAAUGAAAAAUGGAACUCGUCAUAGCUCCAGCAGAGCUUACUUACAUCCCAUCAAUGGAAGAAGCAACCUUCACGUAUCUAAGAACAGCAUGGUCACUAAGCUUAUUUUCGACAGCACUAACACUAAAGUAAUUGGUGUAGAAUUCGAGAAGUUUAAUAAAAAGUAUAGAAUACUGGCAAAGAAAGAAGUGAUCCUGUCCGCCGGCGCAAUUAACUCACCACAUUUGUUGAUGUUAUCGGGCAUUGGGCCAAAACAACAUUUGGAAACAAUGAAAAUUAAUGUAGUAAAGGAUUUACCGGUUGGAUAUAAUCUCAUGGAUCACAUAGCUGCUGGAGGCUUACAAUUUGUAACUAACAAACGAAGUUCUCAUUUCUCAUCUGAAUACAUAUUGAAUCACUUAAAUAUUAUUUUUAAAUGGAUGAAUACACACAGCGGUCCUCUCUCUGUACCCGGAGGGUGCGAAGCCCUUCUUUUCAUGGAUUCAAAGGAUAAGUUUAAUUCUACAGGAUGGCCAGACUUAGAACUUCUUUUCAUCGCAGGGGGAUUGAAUGCGGACCCUUUGUUGCGUCGAAAUUUCGGCUUCGACACCAAGAUAUACGCAGACACAUACGGACCAUUGGGGGACUCUGACACAUUCAUGGUGUUUCCUAUGUUAAUGCGUCCUAAAUCAAAAGGAAGAGUCAUGCUUCAGAAUAAAAAUCCGAAAACUUAUCCGGCUUUAAUACCAAACUACUUCGAGGAUCCUGAAGAUAUGAAGAAAAUUGUACAAGGAAUUAAAGUGGCCGUGGAAUUAUCAAAACAGCCUGCUUUGAAAAGGAUUGGCGCUAGGUUGUACGAGAAUCCAAUCAAAAACUGUUUGAAACUGGGACCUUUCGGGAGUGAUGCUUACUUUGCAUGUCAAGCUCAGAUGUUUACGUUCACAAUUUAUCAUCAAAGCGGAACCUGUAAAAUGGGAGCGGAAAGUGACAAUUCCACAGUUGUAGAUUCGAGAUUAAAAGUUCACGGUGUAAGUGGCUUGCGAGUGAUGGACGCAAGUAUUAUGCCUGAAAUAGUGUCAAGCCAUACGAAUGCGGCGGUUUUCAUGAUCGCUGAGAAAGGUUCCGACUUGAUAAAAGAGGAUUGGGGUAAAUUGUGACUUAAUUAGCAUUGUAUUAUCCAUGCAAAGGAUACCUGUGAUAUAUUAAUUUGUGUCUAACUGAGUUGUGUUCCUCAAGAACUACUGUGUAACUAACUAAAUAGUCCAAAUCAGUGACUUUGUAGGUGAAUGCGUAAAUAAUUAUUUAUAUUUUUCAUUAGGAGAUAGGUUAAUUAGCAUUAAUUAUGCACUAUGUAACAAACAAGACAACCAAAAAAGUCUGCGGUUAAAAUGUUAAUAUUAUCAUUAAUUAGAACUUUAUUGACCCCAUCGCCCAUUUUUAUCAUAUUAAAAUAUUUUAUGAGAAUAAUAAGUGUUUUGAUUAAGAUACAUAUAAUGAUAUAGUAUUCAAAUAUCAAAUGCGCCCGAUUUAGUAUCCCAUUGGGGCGCAUUUGAGCCUUUUGGAGUAUAUUAACCGAGAAACAAAAUGCCUUUAAAUAUAAUACGAUUUUAGAUGCAUAAUGCAUAAAACUUGUAAGAAUAUCAAGUCCGACCCCUGCCGAAAAUGUAUUAGCAAUUCUGUAAUGGAAAGCUUGCGGCAAAAGUUUUGAUAACGCCUGAUUAAAGUUUAUUAGCACUCUCUUCCUUGUCCGUGAUGUUGGUUAUUUUCAAGAGUAAUGUUAAGACUUCCGUACUCAAAGGAUAAAUACGGACUAAUACUACUUUAUGUGUCCGUACAUAAAGUAGAACAUAGGGUAAGAAUUGUACCCGUUUAUAAGAAGAAUUGCAACGCAUUGCCAUACACCGGCACAAAAACGCGUAUGACGUAGAACGGCGGUUCAGGUAGUCAGUAAGAGUAUGACACUACCCGUUUCCACUCUCGAGGGAGCAGGUGUCUAUUAGGAUUCCACGCCUUAGUAAAAAAAAGGUAUUCUACCGGUACUAUUGACAACAGACACUGUUCUAAGUGCAAACAGUUUGCCCGCGGAUCAUGCGCGAUGGCCGUUUCCCAUAUUCUUCGCGGUUUUGCGCUUCGUUCCCCAAUUUUCGACAGUUUUUUGUACCGCCUCAAAGGAAUCGCGAAGCGAGAACGCGAACGUGCUUGUGCAUCUUUAAAUGAUAGUUGUCAUCCACCACCUUAGUUUUCUCCACCGAUUCUUAACUCGCGUUUCAUUUUUAAUAUGUACAAAAUUAUAGUGGGCUAACGCGCACAUUGUUAGGCACGCAGCAACAGCUACUUCGACACCCAUUUCAUUCAAUGUUGCGAACGUAACUGUGAUAAUUAUUAGUAUCAUUUUCCUUAGUAUGUAAAUAAGUAAGUCUACAUAUUGCACUUUAUGUAUGAUAUAUAAUUAGGAUUUUAUAUUUUUUUUUAGGAUAAUUUUCAUGAUUAUAUUAUGACUUUCAUUUAUAGGCACACCUACCUCUUGAUAUCUCCGCAUCACCCUAUGGUUGACUGGUAGAGAAUGCCUCAGGCAUUAAGUCCGCCAUUGUACAGAUAUUGUAUAAAAAGUGUAAAUAAAUAAUUCCGUGAACUAAAGCGAGUGUACGACUACGGACACAGUCUACAGUACUACAGUCAUUGUAAAUUUGCGGCAACUUUGCGCCGCGAAAUCGCGCCUUGAUCCACGGACUAAGUAUAGAGCGGCUUUAAGCGAUUACAGCAAUAUCAAACGUUUCGGCCCCAUAACUCAGUCUACAAAAAGCUAUUAUAGUGAAAGAUUGGCAAUACUGGUCUUAACAAUAAAAUGAACCAAAAUCAAAGUUAUUUAUAUUUCUGGACAGAA